AUGGCUGUCCCAGAACUCGAUAUUCUGAAACCAGUAGACCCUUCCAUCUCCAACACGGACGAUUACGAGCUAUUCACGCUGUCGAAUGCGCAAGUCUACAAUCCGAAAACUGGAAAGCCGGCCAAUCUUCUCGAUGCAUAUGUAGACAGCCCGGUUACAGUAGAGGGGAAGCUGGACCCGCCUCCGCGCGAACAGCAGAAGUACCUCGUGCGCCGUCCAUAUAGCAAGGGCGUCACCAUCGAGGUUAAAAAUGUGACGCGCUUUGCUUGGGGUCAAACGCUUAAGACCAAAGAGAUUAUGAUAUGGGCGCUCGGACGCUCAGGAUGGCUGGAAAUUCGACCUUCGCGCGUCUACCGGGACAAGUACCAGGAGAUGGUGGAAGCGAUUGAGAUCCUGUACUUUACGGCAGACAUAUAUUCACAACCUAGGAAGAGAGGCGGAGGGCCCAGUGCUGAAUUGCUAUUUCAAGAGUACGCGGAGGAACCCCGUUUCCAGUGUAAAAGCAAAGAGGAAGCUUCUGAAAUCUUCUAUUCCCACAAGUCAUUUUUAAUGGAGGCCAUGCUCAAUCGAUCCGAGGGCAUUGGCUGGAGUAAUACGCCUCUGUACCAGCAUUUGAAGGCGCGGUUUCCGGCAGACUUCCAAGCGGUUCGCGAUAAAAUCAGUGAGAAGAACGACGCGGGCUCGCAGAAACAAUCCAAAACGAAACCUAGGGCCGCCACCUCACGAUCCGCCCAGCCGCCCAAGAGGACUGCAUCGAAAAAAGAAAAGCCUCCAAACGUGCCCAAAAAGGAUGAUAAUUGGUGGGAAGCUACUGCAAUAUGGGAAUUGAUGCAGAAAGCAUUUGCGCAGGGUCAUUUGAAACCAGGAGAAGUGACGGUGAGCAGCAUCGCGAAAGAGAUGGUCAAAAAGUAUUCAAUCGAGAGCGAAGGGCAAGCAAACAAUUAUCUCCGGGUUCAUGGAUCUAAUCUCCGAUUCAUCAUGCAACAUCCGAAACGGAAGACAAUGCUUCAUUUCGUUCAUGAGCCUAUUUUCGAAGAGUUGGAGUCCAAUACUUUACCAGCAGCUACCAUCAGAAUAGCCUCGCAGCUUGUGCUCGUUCCACGAAAAGCGCCUUUAGACCAAGACUCUAGCGAGGACGAGGCAAGCGACCAGAGCUCCUCUUCCGAUGACGGAACGCGUAGGCAUCGUCACUCUCACAAGGGCAAAUACUCCGGCCUAAGACCUAAAAGCAGCAAGGUAGCUGGCAAAGGAAACAAAGGCAAAAAGGGGAAGACUACAGCGCCCGUUCCAAUCGUCAAUGAGCCCGGCGAAAGCGACAGCGGGGAUGGUGAACCCAUGGAAUUGGAACUGUCCUCCCAUGCGAAACGAAAAGGCUCUGUGGACGAAAGUUUGGCCAACCCGCGAAAACGAGCUGUAAGCGAGAGCAACGACCUGAACUCGCCUCCGUCGUCUCCAUCUUCUUCUGCUAGCGAAGCAGUUGGUGAUCCUCUACCACUGCGCUGGAGAAACUCCAACGCCAAUUCUGUCAAAUCUACUAGUCCUGCAUUCCUGCCAUCAAUAAUAUCGAGUCCUCUGCUGUCGUUUGCAGCGAAUGGGCCGGGAGACUCCUUUAUAUGCACUUUCGACGGCUGUGCACACAGGGUCUAUGGCGCAAGCACGGAAAAUGGCAAGGCCCUCAUCAAAGAGCAUUUUCAGGAGCACGCUUCUCGGCGACAAGAGCAACUCGAAAUAGUGAUCAGCGAGGAGCAGAGAUCUAGGUUGCCCGUCAGCAACUUGAUCAAGCGGAUCCGCGAAAUGACAGAGUCACAGCAGACGACAUUCCACCUCCCAGGUAUGGCGGCUGCUUCGCCCAUUCCUACUGCCAUAGAACGGCGGUAUUGA